AUGUUGGCUUUUGAUUUCUUCCAAACGACAGUUGUCCGCCGUAUCGGCCAUCCUUACCAGAACCGGACACCGCCAAAACGAAAGAAACCACGCACCUCGUUUUCCCGCUCUCAAAUCAUGGAGUUAGAAAAAAGAUUUCACCGCCAAAAAUACUUGGCUUCAGCCGAACGCUCAGCUCUGGCCAAAGCCCUCAAAAUGACUGAUGCACAGGUGAAAACGUGGUUCCAGAACAGAAGAACCAAGUGGAGGCGGCAGACGGCAGAAGAACGCGAAGCCGAGCGGCAGGCAGCAAACCGAUUUCUGAUGUCACUCCAGGCUGAAGCAUCGAAGACAAUAUACGACACUCGUGAUCCACUAUGCAUGGCGAAUUCUUCGCUACAUGCUCUGCAGAAUCUUCAGCCAUGGAGUGAAGACGACGAUCGCAGCCGCGACAACACCCUUCAAGCUGCAGCGAGUUAA